AUGGGGUUCAAGACACUGCCAGGCACCGAUCCCAGAUCGCUAAUGGUCAACCAUCUAUCACGGAAAGUCAGGGAGUCGAGUUCAUUUAAGCUAGAUGAUGAUCCAGAUACUCUCAAGCCGAAUCAUAUGAGGUUAUUUGCGUAUUACAAGCCUUCUCUCGAGGCCGGCCAAUAUAUCAUCGAGGCGCAACAACAGGUCACCUCUCCCGAUGUGGAAGGCUUCGUACACAAUGAGCCAUUAUCAAUCUACAACCACACCACUGGGCAUGUGCCUCUGGUACCUCAGAAAUUCAAUGUCAUUGCGCCUCAAUUCUCCUUGGAUCCGAAGCUGGUCAAUAGUCAUUAUCCUCCUGACGGCCAUGCGGAUGAGGCACGGGUCUUGCCUCACAUUGUAUUCAAUGACCCUCACGUCCCGUGGGAGCGAGAUGCAGGUGAGACUAUCAAUAGCCAGCAGGACAAGGAUAUAGCCACGGACGGUACUGCUGCCACGGUUUAUCGCAACAUGGUCCCGUGGCUAGCCCUCAUUGUUUUUGAUCCAGCCGAGUUGAAACUGGCGCCUGGGGAGGGCGAGAAGCUCCAAAUCCCCAGCUACAUUGCGCCUGGGGCCGACGUAAAGGACCUGGAGGCCAAGGUCCUGCCCUCCAACUCGUUUUCCAUGAGCGUCAAAGACUACUUGGGCCUUGAUCCUGCAUCACGGAUCAACUACGAGGCAGGCUACCUUGAUCCUGACACGAAAGGAUUAAAUUCUCUCUGGACCGACCCAACCGAUGGCCUUUCGGUGUCCCCCGAGGGCACCAAUGUGAUAUUUCCAACAAAGAAGCUCUUCGGCGACAUCUUUGCAAAUCCUGCGGACCAAUCUACCCACAAUAUUGACUCGUUCAGGUACAUGGCACAUGUGAGGGAAGUAAAUACAGUGGGCUUCCCAGAUGCUGGUGUCGAAGCGUCUGGACUUUUUUCCAUCGUUGUUUCCCAUCGGACAGGUAAUUUCAACAUUUCACAACCAACCACCCAGAUUUGUCAUCUGGUAUCUCUUGAACACAUUGAUUCGACUUAUCAGCAGGUCAACAAGUUUGUUACCAAGAAUCCCACGUCUACUGAUCGGAUAGCAAUGGUGUCCCUCUACUCAUGGAUCUACACCGCCCUGCCACCAAAUCCUGUUAACUUUGUUGAUACGAUAACGAACUUGGUGGAGAAUCAGCAGAUGCUGCGAGUCAAUCAAUUCGCCAAGCUCCCGGAUGCUAUCAAGUUGUCAGACGCUGCAAAACAAGUGACCUCGCGCCUCAAACUCGGAUACACGAUGUGCCGUUGGCGAGCAGAGACAGGAGAGGAAGUUUCCGCAUUCAACAGAGGCCCGUUGGUACCUGAACAAGUCGUCAGCCCUCCCGUCCAGGACUGGGCCGGAGCCUCCAACACGUCCAAAGAAUACCAGAUUUUGGACAAGGGAACGGGGCUGAUGGAUCUUUCGUACUCGGCUGCAUGGCAACUGGGUAAGACACUUGCCAUAUCUGACACGACCUUCAGUUCUGCUUUGAUGCGGCUCAGAUCGCAGGUGCACGCAAUUGCCGCUAGCAAUGCGCGCAAUGAAGCCAACAAUGUAGCCUGCCCAAGCCAAAUCCUAGGAGCUGUGGCAAAAAACAUCAAGGUCAUCCACAGCCUAACAAAAAGUGCUGCAACCGAUCCGCAGAGGGUACCACUGGUCACGACCCGAGAGCUUCUUACUGACCUAGGACACCCAAGACUUGCCGAACUGUUCCAACGACAUUUGUGCGCUGCUGUCAAUUUUCAAGGAAGUGCAGAGACAGAGAUCUACAAUGAAUUCAAUGCUGCAGGAGCCAACAACACCGACUGGGUCACUAUCUUCACAUGGCUGAGUGAAAAGCUCUAUUUGUCUGGGAUCCCCGCACACUAUCUUAUCCCAGAGCCCUCUUACCUGCCAUCAGAAGCCAUUCGUUUCUUCUACAUCGACGACACGUGGGUUGACUGCCUCAUUGAUGGAGCAUUGUCGGUUGCCAAUCACCUCGAGCGCGACGACGACACAACCAGGCUGCGGAUCAAACAGACAUUCAACGUCUAUCUCAGCAAGAACAUUGUUGACUUCACCAGAGACGAUGGCACGCGUGUUCAGGUCAAGCCUCAAAUACCCAGCUGCGGGUUCAUAUUGAGGUCAGCACUGGUUAAGGUGAUGCCGGAUCUCCGGAUCACAGUGACUUGGAAAGACGCUCAUCCUGACAUGGUUCCCGUUUGUCGAUACACGAAGCUGAACGAUACCACGAUAUUGUGCCUACUGGACCGAUCACUCGAACAAUUGAAGUCGAUAGAGCUGGCACAACCUCCUCAUCAGCAACGCUUCUCUCUCGGGUACCAGUUGAUCGGCACUCCCCCUACGGUCGAAUUCAAGCUGAGGCAGCUUUACACCAGAGCUUCAGAGGAACGGCUCGAAAGCGAAUGGCCAGUGGUUCCAGACAAUAAGGAGCCAACCAUUGAGCAACAACAGUCUUGGUUCGAUUUUCCAUCUCGUUGUCUCAAGACCGUCAAGAUGGCAUCAGAAAUGAAUUCCCUCCUUCAGAAAGACACGCCAGAGGAUGGCUAUGUGGACAAGGUCACGAGCUCUGUAGUUCUGGGGCUGGAAUUGAACGAUCCAAGCUACUACUUCCGCAUAGUUCCAACCAGUCUUGGAUCAGACAACACGCCCGGACUCGACAAUGUGCCGCUAGUUCAGCGUCAACUCUGGGUCGGCUUGGAAAGAAAGCCCAAACAUCCAGAUCCUGGGCCGAUACCAAAGCCAGAUCCCAGUCCCGCACUCCCAGCAACCCCAGCCAAACCAAUCUCGCAGAACAUACAACCACCGAGCAACUCACCUGGUGGUAACACGACUGGCAAGACCCUCUCCGACUAUCUUGGUACCCAACCGUCGAAUCCAAUUCAUCGAGACCGCCGCUUCCUCGUCACCAUCUACGCCGACUAUAAAGGGUUGCCACCCACCCACCGACCCGACGGCCGACCUUUCGAAUCCAAUGUAUUUGACUCGAACCACCACCUCCCCACCCAGAACAACUACUACUAUGACAUCGUCGUCUCGAUCCGCCGGGACCCCCUCGUCGGUGCAAGCGAGUACGAACUCACCGAAAUCGGCGUCGAGUUCCCCACCGACGGUGUGAUGAAAGCCCCGGGGCAGCUGGAGAGUCUGCUCGAGCAGAGCUACACGGGCCCCGGCGUGCGGAUGCUCAACAACCAGCGCUUCGUCCCGUACCUGAACUUCACUGCGGAUUACCUCCAAGUACGGCUGAUGCCGAGGUAUGCAUCCGCGAGGCCGUUCAUGGUUAUCAACGACGCGAGGACCGUCGAUAUUAGUUUCCGCCUCGGCGAGGCGAAUGUGAGUAGGGUGGCAAGGGCGACGGAUAAGGUCAUUUUCAGGGAUAAUACGACGGGGAAGUUGGAGCAGGUCAAGACCGGGCCUGGCGCGCCGAAGGUCUCAAAGCCCAAGGUGAAGGUGUAUGAGAAGUACAAGGUUGACGACAGUGGCGUGGAUUCGUAUGUCAGGUAUGAUGUCGAAGUGGUGAAGAUUGACAAGAUGGACCCUGGACGAUGA